CAAAAAUUAAAUCAUUAUUUAUGCAGCAAGUGGCUCCUGAAGAAUAAGAAAUUAAUUAAUAAAUUAUGAGUAACAUUUAAUUGUGUAAGAUUAAUUUAUUAUAUAAUAAUAAGAAAACUAAAUAGAUCAGAGUGAUCUCCUUAUCUAGUAGGCAUUAAGAACUAAUUAAAUUAUUAUUGUAUUUAAGAGUUUACGUAAUGAAGCUAUUUUCUAAUUGAUUAUUUCCUUUCUCGAACUUUUUCUCCUUAUUUUAGCUUUAGGACUAUUACCCUCUACUUGUAAGAAAACUACAAUUCCUGAAUUAUUUAUUUCAGCUUUAGUAACAAAUGCAUUGGUACUUUUCAAUAUUAAUAUAGUAAGCUUUUUAAAUGUUAUAUCUAUUAUUGAUAAUAUACUAUGAUUUGGUAAAGAUCAAUAGAAAUUAAAGUGAGAAUCAAUUACCAUAUUCAGAAUAUUCAUAUUGUAAUAAAAAAUAUUUAUCUGAUGCUAUUUCAGAUUAUCAUGGUUGUUAUAAGUUUACAAAAUAUAUGACAUUUAUGUAAUAGAAUGUAUACGAAUUCAUAGAUUAGAUUGCGUUGUUUUUUUAUUUGGAUAAGUAGAAUUUUAUAAAAAUUUAUAUGGAGAAUGUGAAAUUGGGAAUUCAGAGUUUGAAUUUACGUGGGGUGUUGCAUUUACUUUUUUAAUAAUGAGAUAUAUAAGAAUAGGGAUUCCAAUUUUAAUAAUUGUAAUAUAUUUAAUUAUAUUACCUUUUGUAUAUUGUUGCAAUAGGCAUAAUUUAAAAAAAUAAAAUAUAUUCGGUGCUAGUUAAGAAAAUAUAGGAAAAUUAAAAGUUGAGAUGGUAGGAUAAGAUAAGAUAAGUGAGGAUAAUGAAUGUGUAAUUUGUCUUUAGGAAUUUAUAGAAGGGGAAUAAUUUGUAAGAUUAGAUUGUCAUAGUGAUCAUGUAUAUCAUAAACUUUGUAUUUCUGACUGGUUGAAAGCUCGAUCGGAAUGUCCAAAAUGUAGAUAACAUGUAAAAUUUGAGUGAUAAAUUGAUAAAUUAAAAGUA